AUGCAGAACUUCCUCAGGCUGCUGAGGGAGCAAGGGGACGCUCAGCCUCUGCCACCAGACCUGGUGAUCCUCGCAGGCAAGCUGUGUCAGGACUUCCAGCAGAACCCUGCUCAGAUGAUACAUCUGGUGGAAACCAUUCUGGAGAGCCAGCAUUGUUGGGAGCUGCUAAGCAAUGAAGAGGUGGCCCUGGUGUGUACCCAGGUCCUGAUCCAGAAAGAGCAGUGGCUUUUAGCCCUCCAGAUUCUAAAGGGGUGUCAGGUGCCAGGAGGCAGCCAGGAGCUGGUAGAACUCUGGAAUGACAUCCACUACCACCUGACCACGAGGAGGCUGAGUGUCACCAAGCUGAACCCAGGGCAGAGGUUUCGCUGCAGGAAGAGGAAUCCACCACCCCCUAACAUCUGCCCUGAGGGCCCAAAGAGCCGGAACUUCCUCCCAGAGGUUCGCUACCAUCUGCAAGACUUUGCUACAAGUGUGGGUGCUUAUCCCAAGAAGGCCCACCUGGAGAAACUGGCUUUGGAGACCGGCUUGACUACUGAGCAGGUGUACAACUGGUUUGCCAAUUACCGGAGGCGUCAGAGGGCUCUUCUCCUGCACAUGCCAAGAGCCCAGGAGGCCUCAUCAGAAGUCUCCAGUGCAAAGGAGAGUGGUCCUCAGCCACUCCAGCUCUCAGGAUACCAUCACAAGUCUGUGGCUGUGUCUCCAGGGUCAGUCAGAGGUGAAGGAAGUUGGACUCUACAGUCCUCCGAGAUAUCUCCAAGAUCUCAGGGGCCACAGUACCCAGCCUCGAGCUUUUCUGGAGACUACAAAACUUCACAGCCACUGGCUUUCAGGUCACUAUACGGAUAUGAGAGUUACCAGGAGUGGCCAGGUCACCAUUCUGCUGGCCUCACAUCCAUGGGCCUCACUCCUGGCCUCUGCCCUCUGGCUAGUGUCAGCCCCAUGGUUGAUUCCUCUGUGGCUGCCCCUGAGUCUUGGAUGAUGCCCCUUAUGCUGCCGUCCUUCAAGGAAAUUUUCCUCCCAAUGGAGCAACUGGGCUGUAGACAACAGCUUGACUCUGGAAUGGAUCCUGCAGUCGCGCCCAUGGCCAUGGCCAUGGCUGCCCUCAGGGGACCCAGGCAUGCAGGAUUUACUGGCCUGCCUGGUAGUCGUCCUCAGAGCCUGUACCCAGAGGAGGGCCCAGGACCAAGGAGUGGGCAGGGAGCUUCCACCCCAGACUGUAAACUUCAUCAUCUCCAGAGUUCUCUGGAGGUGAUGUCGGCCUCAUCUGCCAUGCAGCUACCUGUGUCUACCAGGGAACAGAGUCAGCCCUUGCCUUCCAGCCAGGUGCAAUGGCCUGGUGGCCAGGCCUCCUGGAAUGCUGUCUGGAGAGCCACGAUGCUCCUUGAGUUUUCCGAGGGCAACAUAGGUCAACAUGCCCGUGUGGGGAUGGGUGGCCAGCACAUGGAAUGA